GCCCACAUCUACAACUACAGUUUCUGUCCCAAUCCACAUUGGCCCAGCUACUACGCCACCGCCUCUAGUAUCCAUCACUAUCUCAAAGACACAGCAGUCAAGUACGACUGUGAGCAGUACUUCAAGUACGGGCACAAAGUGACCAGUGCAGUCUGGGAUGAAGAGGUUGGAGAAACCCCAAAGUGGCCCAAAAUUAGGGGGAUGGAUCGCUUCAAAGGCCAGCUUGUCCACUCAGCCCUCUGGGAUGAGACGGUGGAAGUCGCCGGCAAGAACGUGGCAAUCAUUGGCAUUGGCUCUUCAGGGGUACAGAUACUUCCCGAACUCACCUUCAGCUCAGACCCCAAAUCCCUUCUCGCCCACCGUCGCGCUCUCACUAACGAACGCAACGCUGGUUUCAGGGCUUCAGGCGGUGGGCGAUUUCCUCAAAGUGCAACCCAGGAAGCUUGUCGAAAGAGUAUGGAGUCACGACUUCAGGUGGAGACCUCAGAAAAAGGCAGGAUUAUCGCUAAACGGCUGAUUCCGAAAUUUUCUGUUGGUUGCAGACGAGUAACUCCGAGCAAGGAUUUCUUGGAGACUUUGCUGGAUGAUAGAGUGGAGUGUGUCUUCCUCGAUCCACAGUCUAACCAGGCUGGAGGGAGUCCAGGUACCUCUAUCAAGACGUUUACCGGGCGGGGAAUCAUGCUGUCACAUUCGGCCAGCGAGGAGGAGGAGGAAGAACGAGAAUUUGACGUGGUGGUAUGCGCUACAGGAUAUGAAGCGUCGUACAUCCCCUCUUUUGAGCUCGUGGGACGUGAUGGGGUGAGACUUGCGGAGCGAUGGAGCGGUUGUCACCGGGAUGGAGGUACUAACCCAGAGUGCUACCUUGGCACAACGGUGUCUGGCUUCCCCAACUACUUCAUGUUUCUGGGUCCCAACUCCCCGGUUGCGAAUGGAGGGUUGGUGCAGGCUAUCCAAGCUCAGGGCAUGUACAUCUACAAGUGUGUGAGGAAGAUGCAGACCCAAGGCGUAAGGUGCAUGGAGGUUCAAAGGAGUGUCAUGGACGAGUACAACGAACAUGCUCAGGCGUAUCUGAGGGGGAGUAUGUGGACAGAAGGAUGCCAGAGCUGGUACAAAAGAGUCGGCGAGGGAGGGGAAGACAGGGUAAUUGGUAUUUACCCUGGGAGUGCGUUCCAUUUCGUGGAGAUGAUGAGGCAUCCAAGGUGGGAGGACUACGACUUUGGCUAUGGUUAUCCCGGCAUGGUUGGUAGUAGGAACGGGCCCUCUAUCAGACAAAAUAGGUUUGUAUUCAUGGGCAACGGGUUCACGAGGAGGGAAGCUAUGGGUAAGAGUAUAGGCGGCACCUGUGUUGAAACCUUUGAGGAAUACUGGGACCUCAUGGAGCUCCCAGGUAUUCACAGUUAG